ACGAUUCCCAGCGCCGUCUCCAACCUCGUCAUCCUCUUCUCCCCGAUCAACCCCCGGCCAAUGAAUGGACGCCGCGUCGAUCCUCAAGGUGGCCUCUGGAGAAGCAAAGCUCGCACUCCGUGCUUCUUCUCUCCAAGGGUGUUCUUGAUCUUCAGGUGGUUUUUCCAAGAAGCUGCAUUAAAGCUCGGAAGGCUUGUUCUCUGAGGCCUUUCAUCCCCAUCAGGCCUUUUUCAAGUGAUUUAGACGGUGCUGCUGUUAAGCGGAGAGCUCGGGGGCCGGUAAUGGCGGCCAAGAAAGCGGCGGAAGGAGGGAAGCCAGAAGAUGGGAAGUAUAAGCACACAGUGGACCUGCCCAAGACAACAUUUGGAAUGAGAGCCAAUGCUGUUGUGAGAGAACCAGAGAUUCAGAAACUCUGGGAGGAGAAUCAGGUCUGGAAAAGGGUUGUGAAUAGCAAUACUGGGGGAUCAUUUGUCCUUCAUGAUGGACCACCUUAUGCAAACGGUGAUCUACAUAUGGGCCAUGCUUUAAACAAGAUUUUAAAGGAUAUCAUCAACCGCUAUAAGCUUCUCCAAAACUAUAAAGUCCAUUUUGUGCCUGGUUGGGACUGUCACGGGCUUCCGAUAGAGUUGAAAGUCUUGCAGUCGAUGGAUCAAGAAGCAAGAAAGGAGCUGACGCCUUUGAUGCUAAGAAAAAAAGCUGCCCAAUUUGCCAAGCAGACUGUUAAAAAUCAGAUGGACUCGUUCAAGCGUUAUGGGGUAUGGGCUGACUGGAAUAACCCUUAUUUGACCCUUUCUCCAGAAUAUGAAGCUGCUCAGAUAGAAGUUUUUGGUCAGAUGAUCAUGAAAGGAUUUAUCUACAGAGGUCGGAAACCUGUUUACUGGAGUCCAUCCUCCAGGACAGCUCUUGCAGAGGCUGAGUUGGAGUAUCCGGAAGGACACACAUCGAAAAGCAUAUAUGCUAUUUUCAAGAUUGUCAGUGCCUCUUCAGAGUCUAACAGCUUAUUGGAGGAGUUUUUACCAAAUUUGUAUUUGGCCAUAUGGACUACUACUCCUUGGACUAUCCCAGCAAAUGCUGCUGUUGCAGUGAAUCCCGAGCUUGAAUAUGCGGUGGCUGAAGUUCAGUAUCAAGAAGAAACAUCAAGUGCUCCUGGAAGUGGACACAUAAAACUUGGCAGCAUUUUAGCAACCAGAGGAAAGCAGCUGUUGGUGAUUAUUGCAAUGGAUCUUGUGGCAAGUCUCGAAUCUAAAUGGGGCACAAAACUUUCUGUCAAGAAAAAAAUCUCGGGUUCACUUCUAGAGAAUUGCAGGUAUGCUCAUCCUGUAACUGGCACAGAAUGCCCUGUUGUUCUUGGUGGAUCAUAUAUUACAACUGAGUCAGGAACAGGUUUAGUUCAUACUGCUCCUGGUCAUGGGCAGGAAGACUACUCAACUGGGUUGAAAUAUGGACUCCCUAUGCUUUCUCCGGUGGAUGAUGAUGGAAAGUUUACUGAAGAAGCUGGGCGGUUUAGUGGUUUGGAUGUUCUUGGGGCCGGUAACGCUGCUGUUGUGAGUUACCUGGAUGAAGAAAUGUUGCUUCUCAUGGAAGAGUCAUACAAGCACAAGUACCCAUAUGAUUGGAGAACAAAGAAACCUACAAUCUUUAGGGCUACUGAACAGUGGUUUGCUUCUGUGGAUGGUUUCCGCCAAGCUGCUAUGGAUGCUAUCACCAAAGUGACUUGGAUACCCACACAGUCCAUAAACAGAAUAAUUUCAAUGACUUCAAGCCGUUCUGAUUGGUGUAUUUCACGGCAACGAACUUGGGGUGUCCCAAUACCUGUCUUCUACCAUGUCCACUCAAAGGAACCCCUUAUUAAUGCUGAUACUAUUUCACAUAUAAAAGCUAUAAUAUCUCAAAAGGGUAGUGAUGCAUGGUGGUACAUGUCAACUGAGGAACUUCUACCUGAGAAGUAUCGCAGUGAUGCCGCUGACUAUCAAAAGGGAACAGACACAAUGGAUGUUUGGUUUGACUCUGGCUCAUCAUGGGCUGCAGUUUUGGAAAAUAGACUUGGUCUUGAUAAUCCUGCCGAUGUGUACCUUGAAGGUACUGAUCAACAUCGUGGAUGGUUCCAGAGCUCUCUGCUUACAAGUGUUGCUACGAAAGGAAAAGCACCUUAUUCAUGUGUAAUAACACAUGGAUUUGUGCUUGAUGAAAAGGGUAUGAAAAUGAGCAAAUCCCUUGGGAAUGUUGUGGACCCAAAGACAGUGAUUGUUGGAGGGAAAAAUUCCAAGGAUUCUCCUGGUUAUGGAGCUGAUGUUCUUCGACUGUGGGUAGCCAGUGUAGAUUAUACUACUGAUGCGUUGAUGGGGCCUCAAAUCCUUCGUCAGAUUUCCGAGAUGUAUAGGAAACUGCGAGGAACGUUGAGAUUUCUUUUAUCGAAUUUGCAUGACUGGAAACCAGAAAAUGCAAUUUGCUAUGAUGAGCUACCAAAGCUCGACAAGCAUGCAUUAUAUCAGCUGGAAAAUAUUGUGAACACCAGUAAGGAUUGUUAUGAGAAGUAUCAGUUCAACAAGAUCUUUCAGGUCAUACAAAGAUUUGCGAUUGUUGACCUAUCGAAUUUCUACUUUGAUAUUGCUAAAGAUCGACUUUAUGUAGGGGGCUCAACUAGUUUUACCAGGAGAAGUUGCCAAACAGUUCUCGCUGCACAUUUACUGGCCAUAGUCAAGGUCAUUGCUCCUAUUCUGCCGCAUUUGGCUGAGGAUGUAUGGCAGAAUCUUCCCUUUGAUCAUGUAACAGAUGGUGGAUCGGUUACUAAAUUUGUUUUUGAACUGAAGUGGCCUGUUGUGAAUGAGAAAUGGCUUGCAUUUCCAACUGAGCAAGUUGAUUUCUGGAGAAUCAUUCUUGAGUUGAGAUCAGAGGUUAAUAAAGUCCUUGAGAAUGCUCGAAACGGGAAAUUUAUCGGUUCCAGCUUAGAAGCAAAGGUUCAAUUACACGCUGCGGAUACCACUACAGCAUCCAGACUGCAAGAGAUGGUUAUGACAACAAAUGGAGCAGAUUCACUACAUAUCAUAUUUAUAACUUCUCAGGUUGAAAUUUUGUCAUCCCUGAGUGAUGAGACGAUCGCAAGUACACCAUACCAUGGACAUUAUAAUGAUCAAGACGCCGGCAAGAUAUGGAUUGGCGUCUCUCGAGCAGACGGUAUGAAGUGUGAGAGGUGCUGGAACUAUUCAGCCCGAGUUGGCACAUUUGCUGAGCACCCUACACUCUGUGCCCGUUGUUAUGGUGUCGUUGACAUGCAGCCCCUUCCUGCUGCAGCAGGGGCCAUGUAGCAGUUUGUUUCUCAUUUUAGGAGGCAUGCAUUAUGUGUCUGGGAUAGUCUGUCUGCCUAUUGCAUUGUGAUCAGAACUUGAUUAAGUUCAGCAUCGGUUCAACCGAUUUGAACCGGUUCUAUAAUUGGUUAUACUUGAGUUGCAAUUGAACUGUUAAAAGCCGGUGGUUUUGUAGUUAAUUAGGUGAACUAUUGGGCUUAUAUGAAGCGGGUGGGCUGUGUCAAAAAAGGGUAAAGUGACUAUGAUAUCAUUAGUGAGUUUAUUUUAAAAGCAAAAAUUUGAAGGUAUGGAUAAUUGAAGACCAUUACAAUUGUAUAACAAAUCAUCAUUUUAAAUAAAUACUCUUUUGGGUCCUUUUCUUUUUA